CGUACUAUUGUACGGCGCACUAAUCUGAGUCAGCCAUCUUGAUUGUAAGCGUGGUCUCGAGUAAUUUUUUUCAGGUGAUCGUAUCACGAGUUAGUUCCCCUCACACAAGCCAACACAUUCAGACCCGGCUUGUGUUAUAAGUGCAGCUUGUGCAAGAGCUUCUACGUUCUUAAAAGACAAUAUUUAACUGCUUGAAUCUUCGGUACGGGUUGUACCACACUGAAAGGACUUAUUGCACUCUCACAAGCCAAUAACUAUCGGCUUGAUCUAUCGUUGCGGGUUGCACCACUGAGUGUCUGAAAGUGUUUGAAAGUGUUUUAAAGUGUCUGAAGCCGCCUGAAAGUGCCAGAAAGUGAAAUAAGUCGUAUUGCAGUUGCUUUCUCCUUGCACUGUUGAGAAUUCACGGAGGUAUAUCUCAAUCUCAAUACCGGUCAAGUAUUGGCUCUCAUGACAAUCUCGUGAAAACCAAGGAUAUCUUAUCACGUUUUAAUGACCAUUGUUGGAGUUUAAUGUUUGUGAUGUUCUAUUUAAAUGUAUUUUACUUGCCAGUACUGAAACAAGUUGUUGGACAACACAAAAUGUGGAAUGAUGUGAUGUUUUGGUUUUCACAAAUGAUUUUCUACAAUGCCUAUAUUCCAUUGCUUAUAAGGCAGGCAAAUGAUGUAGAGGAAAAUCCAGGCCCUACAAUAUUUGAUGUCAUCGAUCCAACAAGAACAAUAUGUGCUGACUACAGUCAAGAAAAUGAAGCUCUCUUUGGUGAAAAUGCUGGAUUUGCAUGGGAUGCCCCACUCAUUUGGGAAAUAAAUAAAAGAAACCAAACACAACAUAUGAAAAGGAAGCAAAAGUCUUUAACUGAAACGCCAGAAGAAAAAGAAAAACGAGUGAUUGCUAAACAUGAAUGUGAGAAAUGAAGAAGGGUAAAUGAAAGUGAGGAAUCUAGGAAAAAGAGGCUGGCCCGGCAGUGUCUGACCAGGGAAAAGAAACGUGCAAAUGAAUCUUCUGAAUCAAGAAAAAAGGGGGUUGGCAAACCCAAUCUUAGUAUCAAAGACAAAAAAUUGCAAAUGAAUCAGCAGAAUGUAGAGAGGAGAGACUGUUAAACCAAAGUCAA